AUGGAGGCCUCCUGGCUGGAGACGCGCUGGGCGCGGCCCUUGCACCUGGCUUUGGUGUUCUGCCUGGCUCUGGCGCUGCUACAGGCCAUCAAGCUCUACCUGAGGAGACAGCGGCUGCUCUGGGACCUGCGCCCCUUCCCCGCGCCGCCCACCCACUGGUUCCAUGGCCACCAGAAGUUUCUUCAGGAAGAUACAAUGGAGAAACUUGAUGAGAUUGUUGAAAAAUACCCUUGUGCUUUCCCUUGCUGGAUUGGGCCCUUCCAGGCCUUUUUCUUUAUCUAUGACCCAGACUAUGCAAAGACACUUCUGAACAGAACAGACCCUAAAUCUCAGUACCUGCACAAGUUCAUGACACCAUGUCUUGGAAAGGGACUCCUGAAUCUAGAUGGGCCCAAGUGGUUCCAGCACCGUCGCUUACUGACUCCUGGAUUCCAUUGUGAUACCCUAAAAACAUAUGUGGAUGCAAUGGCCCAUUCUGUGAACACAAUGCUGGAUAAGUGGGAGAAGAUUUGCAGCAUUCAUGACACAACUGUGGAGGUUUUUGAACAUAUCAACCUGAUGGCCCUGGACAUAAUCAUGAAAUGUGCUUUCAGCCAGGAGACCAACUGCCAGAUAAACAGCACCCAUGAUUCUUAUGUAAAAGUGACAUUGGAACUUGGGAAAAUUAUAUUUUAUCGAUCAUACAAUUUCUGGCAUCAUUAUGACAUAAUUUUCAAAUUCAGUCCUAAGGGCUAUCACUUCCAGGAGUUAACCAAAGUACUACAUCAAUACACAGAAAAGAUAAUUCAGGAAAGAACAAAUUCCCUCAGAACUGGAAUGAAGCAGGAUAACACUCAGAAGGAUCAGGAUAUUCUGGAUAUUAUUCUUUCUGCACAGGCUGAAAAUGAAGACAGCUUCUCAGAGGCUGACCUGCGCUCUGAGGUGGCCACAUUCAUGUUGGCCGGGCACGAGGCUUCAGCAUCCAGCCUAUCCUGGCUCCUCUACUGCCUGGCUCUGAACCCUGAGCACCAGGAGAAAUGCCGGGAGGAAGUCAGGAGCAUCCUGGGGGAUGGGUCUUCCAUUACCUGGGACAAGCUGGAUGAGCUGUCGUACACCACAAUGUGCAUCAAGGAGAUGUUUCGAUUGCUUCCCCCAGUCCCAUCCAUUUCCAGAGAACUCAGCAAGCCUCUUAUCUUCCCAGAUGGACGUUCCUUGCCUGCAGGAAUGACCGUGGUUCUUAGUAUUUGGGGUCUUCACCACAAUCCUGCUGUCUGGAAAAGCCCCAAGGUCUUUGACCCCUUGAGAUUUACCAAAGAGAAUUCUGACCAGAGACAUCCUUAUGCCUUCUUACCAUUCUCAGCCGGACCAAGGAGCUGCGUCGGGCAGCAGUUUGCCAUGGCUGAGUUAAAGGUGGCCAUCGCCUUGACUCUGCUCCGCUUCAAAGUCACUCCAGACCUCACCAGGCCUCUCGCCUUUGCUCACCACAUUGUCCUCCAACCCAAGCAUGGAAUCCAUUUGCACCUGAAGAAACUCUGAAUGGUAGCCCCAGGGGAUCAUGUCUGUAUUUGGUUUGAAAGUAGAGAUGACAGCUAUGGUCCAAGCAAAUACAGAGGAGCCGUGCUGUGGGGGGAAAGGCCGAGGUGGGAAUGCUGGGCAUAACUAAAGAAAGAGCUGCACAAACCCAUUUCCAGGCAACACAGGUGACAUCUAGAUCUGCUUCCCUGUGACUUU